CAUGCCAGAAGGAGGAGAAUGUGGAAGGCAGCAGUUGUGGGUGAGAAGGGAAUGCUUUGGCAAGGAGAUGGCUCCUCUAUUUAUAGUGCUCAAGGGAGUAUCUCAUCUGUCACUGCCUGUGAUCAGCUCUGCUGGUGGGGACGCCCCUUCCUGGGUUCCAUCCAUGGAUGGCGCCACUGCGCAUGUCUCGACCCAAGUGGCAACCCUAACACAGACUGAGGAUAAAAGGAAUGAUGGGAGCACACCUUUUUCUAUUAAGGCAAAGAGAUGGGAGGGAGAACGUGAGGAUGGAGUAGAAGGAAUAAAGACGAGGGAUAGACACACUCUUUCACAAAGCAAUGGCAGUAGUGCUAUGGUGCCAUCUCAUGCAAAGUGAUCCUGUGGUCCUUAAUCAGGUUGUGCCAUUGCUCAAGUGGGUAAAUGUUGGGUGCUCACCAGAUCAUGGUGGGGAAGAAGGGAGACACUGAGAUGUGCAGGUCACACAUUGUCCACUAUGGCAACUCCCAAGCACCCAAUAAGCACAUCUGCAGCAGCGUUACCGGUCAAUAGCAAAUGGUCCAAUCCACUCAUUGCAUCCCAUCUGCACACUAAAUUUGGUUCUGAUUCAGGCCAGGCAAGGGUUGACCCACUCUUCAGAUAUGAACCCAACUCAA